CGAGACGAACGUGAUAGAUACAACGGCAAGCACCCGAAAUCGAUCAGUCAGUCGGUUGGUUGAAAUCCUUGGUACAUAUUGAGAACAGUUCACCGAAUUAUGGCGUCGUCGCACGAGGAUUGCGAACGACAGCGUAAACAACUGGAAGCCGUUGCCGAGAGCCCCAUCCCGAUCCAAGGCGUCCGGCAAUCGAAUGAUCGUCAGGACGGAAGGUCCCGUUUGACGAAAGACGAGCCGCUGCUCCGCUGCGUCAAAGAGGAAGAAGAGGAGGCCGACGUCGGCGCGGUUCCGUUAACUGUCGUUGGCGUGAAGGUUGAAAACGACGGAAAGGAGCCGGCCGAGCGGUCGAGGCCUCGUCGUGGCGGUCAGGGUGCGGGCGACCUCUUGGCUCCGCCGUCAGACGAAAAGGUCAAGGAAGAAACUCCGAGGAGCCGCGCAGAUUGUAAAAGCGUCAGGAUACGGUCCGGAUGCCCCGACGAGGAGACGGCCCGCGUCAAACGUUGGGCUAAAAAAGAAAAGCCGUUCGCUUGCCCGUUUUGCGGCAAAACGUUUGAUCGAAAGGAACACGUGCAGGCGCACGUGAGGAUACACACCGGGGAGAAACCCUUUCGUUGUUCAACCUGCGGUAAAGCCUUCCCGCACAAGGAGACCAUGACGGCGCACGCCAGGUCACACGCGGGAGAAAAUCCCUUUGGCUGUUCCAUUUGCGGGAAGACGUAUUCUCGAAGGACGCACGUGGAAUCCCACAUGAGAACGCACACCGGAGAAAAACCCUUCCCGUGCUCGCUCUGCGGGAAAAGCUUCACGCAAAAGCCAAAUAUGGUCAAGCACAUGAGAAUACACACGGGCGAGAGGCCGUUCGCUUGCCCGUUUUGCCACAAGGCCUUCCUUCACAAGUCCCACGUGGAAUCGCACGUGAAAAUCCACAUUCCGUUCCAUUCCGUUUGCGAGCAAACCUUCUCCCAGAAGCAAAAUCUGGUCUCGCACGCCAGAACGCACACGGGAGAAAGACCUUACAGUUGCUCGCUUUGCGGCGGAAGCUACGCCCAGAGGAAGACGCUGACUGCGCACAUGAUGCGGAGACACAACAGGGGGAAAAAAACCUCGGGCGGUACUCCGCCGCAAUAGUGUGCACCCCCCCCCCCCCCCCCCCACGAGCAAAU